UGACAAAAUAAAAUACAAUUCCGAUAGCAAGCAGAUAGACACGAUGACGCUGCUAUACAUUGUUAGUUUGAUAGCAACAUUAAUUCAAAUAUUUACCGUAAUUAUAUCAGUUGCGGCUGGCCUCUAUUACGUUGCAGAAUUGGUAGAAGAAUAUACAGUGACAGCGAAAAAGGUGAUCACAAUCGAAGUACUGUUCGUGACAACCGUCUAUGCACUAUUCAUGUUCGUUGACAAUCUUCCAUGGUCGAUGGUCAUCUGUGGUCUUGUGUCACAAGCAUUUCAUGCGAUGAUCCUCACCGAUUUUCCAUAUGUUAAAAUUAUGUCGAUACAAUUCAUCAGUGCGGUCAUUAUGCUGUUUGUCAAUCACUAUCUAGCCUUUAGUUAUUUCACACAAAAUUACUACAAUUUUUCAGAGGUCUUAGGAUAUUUUACAAUAUGCUUAUGGAUCGUACCGUUUGCUUUGUUUGUGUCAUUGAAUGCAAAUGACAAUGUAUUGCCAACUGUUAACGAGAGAACAUCACUAUUGACUGAUACCGACAAUGACAUUGUGACCAAUUAUUUUUCACGUCGCAAAAAUAUGGGACUACUUUCGUUGUUUAAUUAUGCCAAAGAGUCAAUUCUACCGCAUCGAAUUAAAAAGUCAUUUUAAAAUAUUUCGUUAGAACAGAACAAAGUCAAUGAACUGAAAAUUGAGCGUAGCAUAGUUACUGUUUUUCCAGUAGCAAUGUCGUAAAUUACUUAAAAUAAUAUUUAUGAAUAAAGUGUAAACGCAUGUUGAAGAACAAAAUUGAUCAAAAUUUUUGUAAUAAAAAAUAGAAUAAAUGUUGUGUAUUUAUUGAAUUAA